GAACCAAAGAGAAAAGUCUCUAAAAAUCUCAGAUUCAAAAUAGCUCCCCCUAAUUAGGGUUACAAGCUUUUAAAUAGGGAAAAGUAAUUCUAACCAGAAUAAGAAACUAACACCCUAAGCCCUAAUCUUAAUAACCACCAAUUGGGCCUCAAAUAAAUGAAUGUUCAGCCCAAAAUAAUACAAAAAACGUGAAAAUCACUGAAAGUAACCUAAAGUAACAUGAAAUAUUAGUUUGUUACAAGUUGUGACAAAAUUACGAGAUUUUGACGCAAAUUGUGUAAUUUAGCAUAAACGACCUCAAUUAAGCUUCUCUUAAAUUUGAAUGAUGUUUACCAUGCCUUGAUAAUCAUCCAAUCUUCGAUUUACUUGUUGCAUGUUGUUAUCAACCCAGAUCUGCUCAAUAAGGCCAUUUAAAGCUUCUUGCAUCUUCCUAGCUCUAGCUCUCGUGACUGGACCUCCUGGAAUGUGUAAUGAAUCUCUUGACGUGGUACAUGUGGGGUUAUCUUGAUUCCCAUCAACACUUCAAAAAAUGACAGUAAAUUCAACAUACUUUCUCCCCCUUUUUGUCAUCCAUCAAAAAGUAUAUAAACAUAAUCAAUAAACUCCCCCUUAAUUCAUGCAUAUCAAAAAUAGUUAAUUUGAGCAUAAUAUCCACAAAUUGCUCCCCCUCAAUGAAAGCACUUAAGAUCAUAAUCAUCAAAAUCAUAGGCAACUAUACAGUCAUAUACAAUUAAAAUCCACAAUUCAUGAUAACAAGCUAAGAAAUGUGCAUAGAUAAUGAGGGCAAAAUUUGGGAAAGAAUCAAAUCUUGAAUGUGAGGAGAGAAAAAAGGGUCAAAUAUUAAAAAUCUAUCACGAUCAAAAGGCUUUGUAGUAAACAAAGAUAUCUUAUUCCAAGUAACUAUGAAGGUCAAAAGAUUCUUUCUCUCCUUUUUGUAAUCCAACAAAAAAGUUUGAAGAACAUAUGAAGAGCAAACAAAAGAGCUUCACCUUAAUAAAAUAACUCAUGAAAG